GUCUCACUUUUCCAGCCAGGUAGGGGAUCGGGACCGGCCUCUUCUCUUUUGUUGCCCGGCUCGCGUAGUGCCUAGCGGCUAACGUCGCCACCGUGCACAAACGUCGGCUCUGCGCCUUUGCGCGCCUCGGAACGAAGCUACGAGUCGCCGAGAAUUAAAAACAGCUGUCCGCGCCCGCAGGGACUGUGUCGGCGACGACCAAAGAUGAGCGCACAUGGCUGUCCGCAUCUGACAACUCUCAAGGAAACCAAAGGCACUCAAGCCUACCGGCUCAUCCACUCUUACUUCGUUUGCUGCGUCUCGAAGGAGGCCCGUGUGAAAAAGGCCCAGCUGUGCACUUGCCACACUUGCCAUGCAAGAGGUCCUAGGCUUCACGCAUGUCUCCAGUGUGUCUACUUUGGCUGCUAUGGGAACCGGCACAUUCACGAGCAUGCCCGUGCCAAUCAGCAUCUGUUAGCUGUUGAUAUUUCGUACGGAGUGGUGUACUGCUUCACGUGUGCCGACUAUGUGUACGACCGUGAACUUGAAGCCAUGGCCCGUAAGCAUCGCCGUCGUUGUGCCAGGCUACUUGGUCUCCAAGAGUAUUACCAGCACUGGGAACCCAGCAACUUCGAGCUGGACUUGCUUCGCAGAAAUCCAAGGAGAAAGCGCAUUGCUAACAACUCCUACAUAGGCCUGCGGGGGCUGAUCAACCUCGGGAACACAUGCUUCAUGAACUGCAUUGUGCAAGCUCUGACACACACCCCACUGCUGCGCGAUUACUUCCUGGCUGACCGGCACGUCUGCCAGUUCCGCGAUGAUCCAUCCAUGUGCCUUGUCUGCGAAAUGUCAAGGCUUUUCCAAGAGUUCUACUGUGGCAAGUCGAGCCCCCACAUUCCGUACCGGCUACUCCACUUGGUCUGGACCCAUGCUCGCCACUUGGCCGGCUAUGAACAGCAAGAUGCCCACGAAUUCUUCAUUGCUACGCUGGAUGUGCUACACCGGCAUUGCAAAGGCACCAACGGAAUGUCCACCACAAAUCCGCACCACUGCAACUGUAUCAUUGAUCAGAUCUUCACUGGAGGGCUGCAAUCAGACGUGGUGUGCCAAUCCUGCAAGGGCGUGUCAACAACCAUUGACCCGUUCUGGGACAUCUCUCUAGACUUAGGACCGAGCAGCCACCAACAGCAGCAGCAGCAGCACAAUUCUUCCCCAGAGGCAGAAGACUCGGAACCAACAUCUCUCUUAGACUGCCUAGAAAGGUUCACCCGUCCCGAGCACCUGGGCAGUUCUGCCAAGAUCCGGUGCGGCCGGUGUGAGAGCUACCAGGAGUCGACCAAGCAGCUGACCAUGAAGCAGCUGCCCGUGGUGUGCAGCUUUCACCUGAAGCGCUUUGAGCAUUCGUCCCGCUUUCACAAGAAGAUCUCCUCGCUCAUCAGCUUUCCCCAGUACCUGGACAUGAGCCCCUUCAUGUCGGGACCCAGGGCUCCGUCGUCGUCUUCCAAAGGGGCACGGGCCGCCUCCUCUUCCACCCCAGCCAAUCCAGCUCCUCAGCCCUGCCACGACAACAAGUAUUGCCUAUUUGCUGUCGUGAACCACAGUGGGACUAUUGAGACGGGCCACUACACGGCUUAUGUGCGGCAACACCGGGAUCACUGGUUUAAGUGCGACGACCACCUAAUCACGCGGGCCAGUCUACAGGAUGUGCUAGAUUCUGAAGGCUACUUACUGUUCUACCACAAGCAGAUCCUGGAGUACGAAUGAGAAGAACCCGACUUUACCGUCGUCCAUUCCUUGUUGCCAUUGAGAAGUGGAGAGGAGAGUGAACUGGCCCCAGUUUGAAAACUCGCGUGCAUUUACGUACAUGUGUGUAUGUGUGUGCUUGUGUAGGGACUUAUUUUCCCGUGUUCUUGUUUCUCGUCACAGUUUCGCCGUCGGUUGUGUCUUCUCCUGGUGGACGUUAACACACAGACGCUAGAAAACGUGUCUGCAUCAUCGAGUUUUUUCGAGCAAAUCAUGGAGAGUGCGACUUAGGUUUUCCAAUUGCUGUACAACACGCCCCUUUCACCAAUCAUCGUUACUGUCCUCUGAGCUUGGCAACACUGUGCCACUUCACUUGCUCAAUAAAUUAUUGCUUCCUCGCAUACCGUUA